ACUGGGUGAUCAACCCGCAGGCAUCGCUGUACCAGCAGUUCCAGGCGGCACUGCUGCUGCUGGCCAUCCUCAUCGGCAUCGUUGAGCCCUUCAACGUCGCGUUCCUCGACACCGAGAAUGUGUUCACGCCAGUCAACGUGUUCAUCUAUUGCACCGACGCCGUGUUUCUGAGCGACGUGCUGCUCAGCUUCUUCGUGCCCGAGUUCCGAAUGGGCGAGUGGAAGACCAGCCUCGCCAGCAUUGCCGUCGAGUACCUACGGGGCAUGUUCUGGUACGACAUGCUGGCAGCGCUGCCAUGGGAUCUGGUGCUCAAGGGCGUGUAUCAGCCCACCGGCACCGCUGCUGUCGCCCUCUCCGCCUUCGGCCUGCUGCGACUACUGCGCCUCAUCCGCCUCUGGAACGUGCUGUGGGACAUGGCAGUGGACGUGCGGUACGACUACAUCUCCACCAGUGUGCACAAGUUUGCCCUCCUCAUCCUCUUCGCCGCCCACUGGUCCGCCUGUGUCUUCUUCCUCCUCGCGCGCGUUCGCAACUUCAGCGAGGACACGUGGGUGGGGCACUGUGAGCCCGACCUGCCUCUGCGCCCUCCGCUCGACGCCUAUGUCACAUCCAUCUACUGGGCGAUGACCACCCUCUCCACCACAGGCUACGGCGACCUGUCAGCCUUCACAGUACCGGAGCGUAUAUGGGCGGCGCUGUUCAUGCUGGUGAAUCUGGGCCUCACGGCGUACGUGCUGGGCAACAUGACCGUGCUGCUCACCAAGGCCGACGCCCACACCGCCACCUACCGUGACCGCCUCAGCGCCAUCAACCGGUACAUGCGGGCACAUGUGGUGCCGGCCUCACUGCAGGAGCAGGUGCAGGCGCACCUCAAGCUGCACUUCGACACCGCGGAGGUGAGGGACGAUGUGUUGUUGCACUGCCCAUCAUCCGUGCGCACGCUGGUGAAGCGCCACGUGUACUCGCGCUUCGUCAACUCCUCCUACCUCUUCGCCGGCACCUCCAACGUCUUCCGAGACCAAGUGACAACGCGGGCCAAUGUGGAUUUCUUCCUGCCACACGUGGACCUGGUGGCAGCCGGCAACAGCACCACGGAGCUGCUCAUCAUUGCCUCGGGGCAGGCGCAGGUGCUGGUGUGUGACAAGGACGGCAACGAGAUGCAGUGGUUUGUGCUGCACGAGGGGGACUGCGUGGGAGAGAUCGCCUUCCUGUGCGACCUCACGGAGCUGUGGACGGUGCGCACGCUGUCGGUGUGUCGGGUGCUCUCCAUCUCACGAGACGACUACCGCUCCGUGGCUCGCACUCACCCCGCUGACGACCGCCACGUCAUCGCCAACCUGCUCAACCGGGCGCGCAGCAGGGCGGAGGCGACGGCCCGGUUCUACCCCGGCAACAGCACCAUGGCGGAGCUGUCUCUGCUGCUCAAGAACGAGGUCGAGUCGUUCCGCAACCGGCUGGUGCAGGAGACGCUGAUGAACCUGUGCUAUGCUGCCAAGCGUGGCGACAUGCUGGAGUGCUUCCGCCUCGCCGCUGGCGGCUUUGAUGUGGCGGCUGCUGACUACGAUGGCCGCACGCCCAUGCACCUGGCGGCAGUGACAGGGCAGGACAAGGUGGUGCAAUUCCUGCUGGCCCAUGGAGCACAGGUGAACGCCAAGGACGCCUUCUGGCGCACCCCCCUGCAGGAGGCCGUUGCUGCCGGCCACUGGAGCACCGCUGAGAUCCUCCGCAGCAACGGGGGCGAGCUGCAUCUGCGCAACCAGGGCACGCAUCUGUGCCGCCUGGCCAGCUCGUCCAACUCGCACCAGCUGGCGCGGCUGCUGGAGUUCGGCGCUGACCCCAACUCCGCUGACUACGACGGCCGCACCGCGCUGCACGUGGCGGCUGCUGAGGGGCACCUCAACGUGGUCAAGGUUCUGCUGCAGGGAGGGGCGAGCCCUAGUGUGCGGGACCGGUGGCAGCGCACGCCCAUGGACGAGGCGAGGGACAACAACCACACAGUUGUGGUGGCCACUCUGCUGCGCGCCGCUGCCUCCGCCACCCCCACUCCCAGCCCCCGCUCCCCCACCCCUCACCCUUCUGCUCCUGCUGCCGCUGCUCCUGCUCCAGCUGCUGGUUCUCCUGCAAAUACUCCUGCUGCUCCUCCUCCUCUUCCUCCUCCUGCUGCUGCUUCGUCAUCCCACGCCAGCCCGAUUCCUCCUCCUCGUGCCCUUCCUCUGUCUCCUGCCGCUCCUCCUGCUGUGGCCUCUGCUGUUGCACCUUCCUCCCCCACUGCACCCUCUCCUCCCACUACCGCCUCGCCACUAGCCCGUUCUCCCAUUCCUUCCGGCACGGCCGCACUUGCAUCAAAUGCACUGGUUCUUGAACCUCCUGCCGUGACUCGCUACAAGAUUAUCGCCAAUGGUGUCUCCAGAUCAGAGUGGCGGGCAGAAGAGCAGCAGCACGCGCAGCUCUCCUAG